AUGUUUAGUAUUCGCUUGGCACAAGGACGCAUAUGUCCCAGUAUAACAAGGCUUUCGAAGAUCAAUACAAAUGCAAUUCAAUACAAGGCUGGACCAGCUCUCUUCCAUUAUUGUCGAUUCUUAUCGACGCAGCCAAACCUUCCAAAAUCAGAAUCUAAACCGCGUACAUUGAGAGAUGAUUUUCCCCGGCUUAUGCGCCUUGCCAAGCCCGAAUUUGGAAACCUUUCAGGAGCUCUUUUAUGCCUAAUUGCAACUUCUACAGUUUCGAUGUCCUUACCAUACUUCAUUGGAAAAAUUAUCGAUACGACGAAGGAAGAAGAGGACGAGGAGAAGGAAGAGAAGGAGGGUGAACCGCUUAUCUUGGGAUUACCACCCACUCAGUUCUAUUCGGGGUUGGUGAUAUUGUUUGUGUGCGGAAGCAUCGCAAACUUUGGAAGAAUAUACCUCUUGCGCUCAGUAGGAGAGAAGAUGGUCGCUCGGCUACGUUCACGGCUAUUUGCAAAAGUCCUAUCUCAGGAUUCGUACUUCUUUGAUGUCGGUCCAACACAAAAGGGCAUGAAAACAGGCGAUCUUAUAUCUCGACUUUCUUCAGAUACACAAAUCAUCAGCAAGUCUCUCAGCGGAAAUAUCAGUGAUGGAGCACGCUCGCUAAUUUCUGGAUGUGUUGGUCUUCUGAUGAUGUGUUGGGUCUCCUGGAAAUUAACACUCUGUAUGAGUCUUAUUUUUCCUCCACUCAUAUUAAUGUCGACAGUUUAUGGAAGACGCAUUAAGAAACUCUCUCGAACCAUCCAGGAUAGUUUGGGGUCGAUGACAAAAGUUCUGGAAGAGAAAUUUAAUGGCUUGAAAACAAUCCAAAGUUUUGCACAACAGAAAGCUGUAGUGCACGAAUACAACCAUGAGGUGAAGGACAUUUUUAACAAGUCUAUGCUUGAAGGGAAACUCAGUGGUGUCUAUUAUAGUGUUAAUGGCUUUCUAGGAAACAUCACUUUGAUUGGGCUUCUUGUUGUUGGAUCAAGACUAAUCACUGCAGGUGAAAUUACAAUCGGUGACCUUUCCAGUUUUAUGAUGUAUGCUGUAUACACUGGUAGUUCUGUGUUUGGACUAGGAAAUUUCUACACGGAAUUGAUGAAGGGAAUCGGUGCGGCGGAACGUAUAUUUGAGUUGAUAGAACUGAAGCCGAAGAUAACGACUUCGCUUGGAAGGAAAGUGGAUAAUUUGCAUGGUGAUAUUGAGUUUCGAAACGUGAAUUUCGCAUAUCCAUCGCGUGAAAACGUAAAAAUAUUCGACAAUCUCAAUUUAACAAUCAAAAAGGGCGAAAACGUUUGUUUCGUUGGUCCUAGUGGCUCAGGGAAAUCUACGGUUUCCCAACUUCUUCUCAGGUUCUACGACCCUCUUUCAGGUGAGAUACGUGUCAACGACAACAACAUCAAAGAGUUGAACCUCAAUUUUUACAGGUCUAACAUUGGCUAUGUUCAACAAGAACCUCUAUUGUUCAGUGGAACGAUCAGAGAAAACAUCACGUUUGGCAAACCAGACAGUACGGAUGAGGAAAUUGUCUAUGCCAGCAAGCUUAGUAAUGCCUACAACUUUAUAAAUGCGUUUCCAAAUAAGUUUGAUACAAUAAUAGGGCCAAGCUCAAGUGGAAGCGCUCAAUUAAGUGGAGGUCAAAAGCAGAGGAUUUCGUUGGCAAGAACGCUCAUUAAGAACCCCAAACUUCUCAUUCUAGAUGAAGCCACUUCUGCUCUAGACUCACGACUGGAGGAGACAGUUACCAAAAACUUGACUGAUCUCUGUAAAAAAAAUCAAGUAACGAUCAUAUCCAUUGCACACCGUCUUUCAACUAUCAAGAACAGUGAGCGGAUCAUUGUCUUGAACACCCGUGGACAGAUAGUUGAAGAUGGUAAAUUUGAGAACCUUCUUGAAGAUCCAAACAGCAAAUUGAACAGAUUGUUAAAAAGCGGCGAGUUUUCGGAAACUGAUGCAUGA